ACUUCUUUUAACACAUUUAUUUUCUUUGUUGCAGGAAGCAUCGCAAAACCCAGAACUCGCCGACCCCUUGAAGCACCACACCCCAAGACUGAAAGCUCACUGCCGUCUUCCAAAGUAUCUCCUAAAACUACUUUAAAUUUAUCUUUCGGAAUCAAAUCGACUCCACUGAAGUCUUCGCCUUCAAACUCCACUCCACAAAAGACUUAUGACAGACGUCGAAGUCCUGAAUCUGGAUCCAAACCUAGUUGCAUACCUCUUUCUAAGAAAUCAUCAGACAGAAAUAGUCGGACCUCCACAUCGCCGACCAAACAAGAUGUAACUAGAGACACAAUAUCUAGCAAAUCGAAAAUUGAAUCGCCUAGAAACAAACCAACUCGAAAAAGUCCAGAUAAAGCCAAGAGUGACACGGAAAAUAAUCGUAUCGAUCGAAGACAUCGAGCUCAAAAGGAUAGUGAAAGUCUUAGCGAAAAAUAUCAUUAUUCAAAGAAAAGACUGACUAGUUUAGAAAAUAAUUCUCCCAAAAAAACUAAUGAUUCUAAAAAUGUUUCGCCUAAAAAUGCUUUGAAUGGUAAUUCUCGAGCAAAUCCGGAACCAGAUGUAAUUGCUUGCGUAUCGGAAAAUUCUAAAGCUACGAAAAUGUCUACGCUUCAUGAAACUGUUAGACCACAUAACUCUAGACUUUCGCAAGAGCUGGAUAGCCUAGCUGCGUUGACUAAACAGACAUUAGAUAGGGUUAACAAAUUGUCGAAUAACUUAACUAGUAAUAAGGUAAAUUUAGACGCUCCUGAGCCACGUUUUGACUCUUUAUUCACACCGAAAUCAGAGAUAAAACUUAACAAUCACUCUUAUAAUUAUGGUCUAAUCAACGACAGGCCCGUACACAACAGGGGAGUGACGGAGAGGUUAAGAGAUAUAGACACGGCAGCUCAGAGACUGAUUGAUUUUGAAAAGCAAAGUGCAAUGUUUUCUGAUCUCAAUAAUGAUACGUCUAGUCAAAGUCGCCGUCUUGAUACUUCGUCGACGUCUUGUAGUCAUACACCCGUGUCUAUCCUCAAACGAAAAUCUAUUCACGAAGAUUCUGCUGCGAACAAUAAUACAAACCCAACUAUUGCAUCACCGCCUGUAACAUUUUCACCUAGCGUUGUUGAACCGCGAAAUGGUCGAGCUGAUAGCAGACAGCGCCAAGGUAUUUUGAAGAAACGAAGAAGUUUAGACGAGUCUCAGGUAGCUCGCAGGAGAUCAUGUAGUCCUGAAGUCUCCUUUGCUGAAGAUGGUUCUUUAGAAACAAACAAAUCUAUUUUGAAAAACAGGAGAUCAUCAUUAGAGGACGUCGUAAGAAACAGAUCACCUGAUGGCCAAAUUCAAGGUAUACUUAAAAGGAAAAUGAGUAGAGAAGAAGAGCAUCAUACUGAUGACCUGUCUCAGAGCUCUCCGGAACCCCAUGGAAUAUUGAAGCGAAAGUCUAAUUCUAGUUCUAGCAGCAGCACAGCCUCAUCUCAUGUUUCUAUUGCUCAAGCUGUAUUGUUAGCAGCAGCCGGUGGUGCCGAAAUAGUAGAAGAUGAUAAAGAAAUUGUGAGGCCUAUACUUAAGAAAAAGAGCUUUUCAGAGGAAAGACCAUGCCCAAAUGUGGUUCCGUCUGAUACACCGAGACCGAUACUCAAAAAGAAGUCGAUGGAACAUGAUGAUUUCGACUUCGACUUACCAAAAAAACCGAUCCUAAAGUCGUCAAAAAAGUUAUCUGGAGAUGAAGGACACGCUUCUAGUUUCGAUUUGAGCGAAGACGACCGAAGCUCCCGAAGACCUUCACUCCUACGGUCCAGGACAUCUGACCACUCCGGAUCGGAAUGUGAAGCUGCAGUUAGACCUAUUUUAAAACAGAGAGGUUCGAGUUUGACGAGGGAACGUAGCCAAUCCCCGCGCCCACGGCUCUCUUUUUGCGCGGACAACGAUGCGAACAUUAUUAGUGUAGCAAAUAUCAGUUGCGACGCGAGCGACUUGUCGGCGGCUGGACCGCGACGAGUUUUGAAUCUCGCGCCCGCUCCAAACCCGGAAGAGAGCUAUCCUAGUGCAGUGCUACGACGGAGGAAUCUCCGACCCAAGUCUAAUCCGCGAUCGAAAAGCCUCGCGUGUGAUGUCAACGAUGAGUUACUCUCAAUAUUGAACAACCGCAGGUUAAAGGUUGAGGAAAAUUGUGAAAACGGACUCUGUGAACCUUGGAACCAUACGAACAACAACGAAACUGAAAACGAUAAUAAUACAAAACCCUUUCCAUCGAUCGCUUCUCGCAUAAAGUCCAUGGAACAAGCUCUUACUAAAGAUAUAUUGUCAAGAGACCAGCCGUCAACAUCUAGAGCGAAAAACCGUGAUAAGGAGCGUUACAAGACGCAACCUAUCACAGUGGAAGAGAUGCGGUCGAUUACUUCCAGUUUGGAGCCGGGCCAAGCGCGUUUCCAAGCGUUCGGCCCCGCGGGCUGUAGUUUUCCGAGCCAACCCGUCGAGUCCGGUGUUGCUCCCUCUACCAGGGGCCCUUAUCCCCUACCGGGGGAACCCGAAACAGAUCCCUUCACAGACUUCGCGAAGGCUUUGGAUUCACCGACAUACGGAGUGAGCUCCUACACGGCCAAAUCCCCUACUGCUGCAAAUUGUUUUUCGGACGGCGGUAGUACCAAGGACGACAGUUAUGGCGAAGCAACUUUUCUAGACUUUGAAAACAUUGCUGCUAACGCCGAAAGAAAACAGUCGACGUUAGACGAAAUCGAACAAGAAGUGAACAAAGUACGCGUCGCCUUGGACGAGGACAGUCGCGCCUUGGAAGAAGACGAGAGGCAGCAAGCCGAGGCUGACAACUGGAGUUUAAAUGUGUCUUGUGAUAGCGGUGUGUAUAAUCGUGCCUCCUCCAGAGACUCAGGUCCACAUUCCGGUGAAGAGCUCGGCUUGAUUGAAAGUCAAGAGAUAAGGGAGAAUCACGCUACAAACAGUAGCAGCAACGAGUGGUCUUCUUCGUCUAUCGAACGUGGUCUUCUCAACAUGGAUCGCGAACGGAAAUCCACCGAGACCGAGGCUAUGCGUAGUCCAGAGGACCCCGGCAGCGACGACGAGGGAAGGGAAAACAGCGGCUUCGCACUGGGACUCGUGAAGAGUAACAGUGUGGUCGCUCGAGCCAGCAUGUGGCAGCAGCUGCAACAACAGGCUAAAGGCACUCCAAAACCUCUGCUUCGUCACAGUCGCUCCAAACUGAAGGAGGGAACAUCAGUGGCGGACAGGUUCAAGAGCCAGCCUAUAUCCUUCCCGGCUCCUGAGGUCAGCCCGAGCGAGCCCACCAUCGAGCAGGCGUUCUCUUCUCUUGCUCAGUCCAAGAGCACCGCUAACGUGUUGGACAGGGAUGAAGAUGCUAAGUUAGACGAAGACGAUCCGGCGAAGAUGUCCCUCUCGGAGAAAAUGAAAAUGUUCAACUCGAAGCUGACGCACAAGCCGCCGGUGUCGGGGCCGCCGCGCGCGGGCGGGCCGGGCGGGGCCGGCGGGCCGGGCGAGCCCCGCGCGCGCGGCGCCCGCCUGCGCACCAUGCCCGUGCUGGCCAGCCAGCUGCACGAGGCCAUGGAACACAACGAGAGGCUCACCAAGUCGCUGACGCACGACGACGUACCGCGUAAUAAUGAUUUUCAAUUGAAAAUGGAACUGUUCCGUUCGGCCAGCGCAAAGAACACGUCUUUAGAGUAUAUUAUGAGGCAGAAUGCCAAAUUUAGGAGCUUAGACCUCGAUGAUGACUCACCUUCGGAGCGAGCUCAAAGGAUGAUCACACCCGAAGUGCGCGGGAUCCUCAAGUCUGGGUCAACUGUCGUGCCGCCCAGACCUAAGACAUUGGCUAAAGGAGAAAGUUCCGAGGGCCUGAAAGAUGAAGGCAUCGAUAGCUCUUCAGAUGAAGAAUCCGCAUCGGCUUCCAGCGUGUCAUCAUCAGAAAAGAGCUGUUCCUCCUCCGACAGCUCGGAUGAACUGCCUCUGCCAGACCCCAAGCCUCGGAGGUUCCAGCGGAAGCUCAACAAGCUGAUGGGAUCCCGCACGGAGCCUGACCUCACCUCGCACACCACUCAACCAGACCCAUUCCCAAUCAAACCUUCAUUCCCGAGCGUGAAACUACCAGGCGCCAAUGAAUUGAAGGAGCGUCUUACUCAAGCGAAGAACCCAGACGUCAAAAUCCCAAUGCUCGGGAAACUUGGGAGGAAACCUUCUGAGGAGGCCAAAAAGGAGGAUGACCAAACAAGGUAUAGGAGAUUCGUAAAGAAAAUCGAUGAACCUAUUCAACUGGGCAAGUUGAGGAGGCCGGCAGAAAAGGUCCCGCCGUCGCCCCAGGAGCCCCCGCCGACGAUUAUGAAGAUUUCUGCCUUGAACCAAGCUGCCAAGAAUAAGUUCUUCGGUUUAGAGGCGAAGAAGAGUAUCGAUGAGCUUGCUGCCGCUGUCAGAAAGUACAUUCCACCGGUAAGCAAGUCCAUGUCGACGCACACGAUGGAGGUGCCGGGCUCGGGCAGCGACGGCGAGAGCAGCGGCGGCCGCGAGGUGCGACACAUCAACACCAGGGUUAGACACAGGGCGGGUGGCGGUGUGCAGCGCAGUGCCACACAUGCCGAGAUGCCGCACAAAGGAGGAGGCACCAUAGCCGAAAGGCUAGCGGCGCUUCAGGCGGCCGGUGCUAACGACUGGCGGGCGCGAGUCUGCCGCCUGAGUCCUGAAAGAGAAGACACCAAGGCUAUAGAGCGAGUCAAGAAUAGAAUCAAUGAAUCUCUUAAUUCCGUUGACGAGAAGAAGAAAAUAAUCGACGACAACGAUAUAGGAACAACAAAUAUUUUAGCUGAUAGAAGAAAUAAACUAGAGACUGCAGCACAAGGCUGGAGGAAGCGUGUCCCCCAAAGCGAUGCGAACCUCUUCACUGUUGCUGGGCGGCUGGAGAAGGACAAGGUGGUGUCUGCCACUCCGCCGCUCACGCCGCCGCCUGCCGCCGCGCCCGUCUUCGCCUCGCCCGGCAUACCUAUACCUAACAAGUUCAAGUCUCGCAAGCAGCCAUCUUCCCCCACCAACGGCUUCCCUUCGGGCCCGCUUCGGUCGGCGUCGUGCGCCGUCGUCAGCGCCGCGGCCGUGGAGACCAAGCCCAAAGACACCAAGAUAGACCGCGAGUCCUUCAAGAGAAGUCACUCUGUCAGCGAGAGUAUCAGCAGGGUUGAUGAAACUGACGAGAGCUCAGGCGCGGAGAAGUUCGGCCAGCCGGUGCGGGUUCCGCGCGCGGACGACGAAACCUUCCAGGCGUUCUUCACGCCGGCCUUGCAGCAAGAGAGAACGGCAGACACCGAGGGCGUAGAUGUGGACCUCGAUGCUAUAGACAGCGGGUCCAGGCAGCUCCUAGCGAGUGAGUGGUCACGCCGCGCGCGAGUGGGGCGGCGUCACGCCGCGUCCCGCAACCCGCUGCGGGCGCUGGCGGCGCGCACGGACCUGCGCGACGAGUACAUACCGCCGCCGCCCACGCUCAAACAGAACAGUCAUGUCAUCGAGAAACUGGCCAGUAACGGAGGCCUAGCCGCGGAAGCGCUGGCAGCGCUCGCGAGUAAGGAGGACUUCUCCAACGUAGCGCUGCGCAGCGCGACGGUAGCGCCGCUCGUGCACGGGACCAAGCCGCUCAUGCUGCUGCACGUCAAGGGCAGGAGGCGAGUGCAGACGCGACUGGUAGAGCCGGUGCACACGAGUGUGAACCGCGGCGACUGCUUCGUGCUGAUCACGCCGGACCAGCUGUUCUUAUACAUCGGCCUCUACGCCAACGUUAUCGAGAAAAACCGCAGCACAGACAUUGCCUUACACAUACAAAACACAAAAGACUUAGGAUGCAAGAACUCUACUGGCAUCAUUAAAAUAGACGAACAAAUUAAAAACUUUAGCAAUAAACAUUGGGUCCAGUUCUGGUCACUCCUCGGCGUCACUGACGGUAUCGAGGAGUACAAGCCCGUCGAGACAGGACACUCUGAUGAGGACGAAAUCUUUGAGUCCUGCAUCCUACAGACCAACAUGUGCUACGAGGUCAUGGAUGACGAGCUCGUGCCCAUCAAGGAGUACUGGGGACAAGUGCCAAAGAUAGCCAUGCUCAACCAAACCAAAGUCAUCGUGUUCGACUUCGGAUCAGAGAUGUAUAUCUGGUAUGGCAAAAAUGUUGCGCUCGAGAGCCGACGACGGGCGGCCCAAUUAGCGCAAGAGAUGUUCGAUGAAGGCUACAACUAUGAGGAGUGCCACAUCAACCCCUUAAACGCAGCAAUGUAUCAGGGAGCACGUGAAACUACCGAACCAGCUACGAAAGCCUCCAACAGCCGCCCCGAAUGGGCAAUCCUAUCCAAAGUAACCCAGCACAUGGAAACUAUUCUGUUCAAAGAAAAGUUCCUUGACUGGCCAGACUACUCCAGAGUUAUCAAAGUAAAAACACCAGAGAACAAGUCAAACAGCGUCGAAAUUAACCCCUGCGAUGCCGAGGAGAUGUGGUCGAACGAGUACCAGGAUCCAGAUCUCAUUUUAGAAGGAUCUCAUAUCGGCCGCGGCACGCACUACUACGACAAGGAGAACAUGAGACAUUACGACAUCAAAACCAAAUCUGUAUGCAAGUGGGUGAUCCAAGAAUACGACUUCCAAAAAGUCGAGAACGAGUCCGAAGUCGGGGAGUUCUUCUCCGCUGACAGUUAUAUCAUAAGAUGGGAAUACCAGAUCACGAUGACCGGCCGAGAACUGAACGGAAAGCCGUCGAAGCACAAUGUCACGGGAAGGGACCGAUGCGCGUACUUCUGUUGGCAAGGCCGUGACGCUAGCUCUAACGAGAAGGGCGCUGCUGCCUUACUCACAGUCGAGUUAGACAGGGAGAAGGGACCUCAAGUCCGCGUGGCUCAAGGCAAUGAACCCCCAGCGUUCCUAAAUCUGUUCCAAGGCAACCUAGCCAUACACCAAGGCAAGCGGGAUUCCGACAAAAGUAGGUACAGGUUAUUCGUUACGCGAGGAAACCUAUCUAACGAAGCUUAUCUACUGCAAGUGCCGUGUUCCGUUCGCCAGCUCAGAAGCCGCGGUUCCUUACUCUUAGUCGAUACUGAGAAAGGAUGCUUAUACAUCUGGCACGGAUCGCGUAGCAUGAAACAUACUAAGGAUAUAGCUAUUGAACUCGCGAAUAAACUCAUCGCUCGGAAGUCAAAGCAUCUGUUUGGGCAGAAAGUGUCUGAGGUGCAGAUCACUGAGGUUCGGGAGGGCGAGGAACCGCGAGAGGUGCUAGAAGCUCUAGGUGUGGCUAACAAACAGCAUUACGCAGCUGUCUUGGCCGGAGCCAAAGGUUCUGCGGCUGAGGUAACCCCGCGCCUGUUCCACUUCACGGACCUGGCGGGACAGUUCGAAGCCAACGAGGUGUUGUCGCCGCUGCGCCACGAGCACCUGGUGACACCCUUCCCUUUUGAACAAAAGGAGUUGUACUCGGCUUCGCAACCGGCUCUGUUCUUGCUGGAUGACGGCGAGUGUGUGUGGCUGUGGCAGGGCUGGUGGCCGCGCAGUGAGGACGGCGAGUUCGAACCUGCCGAAAGGAAUGCCGGUGUGGGCGCAUUCGCGUUACGCUGGCAGUCCCUGCGCGUGGCGGCGCUGCGCACGUGCGCCGCCUACUGCGCCGCGGCGCGCACUGCGCGCCCCGACGUGCGCCUGGUGGCCGCCGGGCUCGAGCCGCAGCGCUUCACCGCGCUCUUCGACACCUGGCUCGACCACGACCAGGCCGCAGACGCUAAUAUCAACCACGGCUACAAGGCGGGCGCGUCGCUGUCGGGCGCGGGCGAGCUGUCGCGCCUCACCAGCGUGGCCGCCGUGCUGCCGCUGGCCGCGCUGCAGCGCCGCCCGCUGCCCGACCACGUCGACCCGCACCAUCUCGAGCGACAUCUCGCCUCGCCUGACUUCCUGGAGGCUUUCGGCAUGACCAAGGAAGAGUUCUCGGUGCUGCCCGCGUGGAAGCAGACCAACAUGAAGAAGGACGUGGGCCUGUUCUGAAGUGCAUGCCCCCCCUCCCACAUCUCCACCUAAUAAUAUAUUACUAAUAGUUUUGUACAACCGCAGCUCUUUCGUACUUUUUUACUGAACGAUGUCGUCAAAGGAUUUGAUACAAUUAAUGUUAAGAGCACGCUUAUAUUCUAUAGUGAACGUUUGUACUAACGGUAUGUAUGUACCUAACGAUGUAUUCGCGCUCGUGAUAUUUGCAUGUAACCGCCGUAGACGAUAGGCAAGUAGUCGUGGAACUGAAGGAUUUGGACGAAGGAAUUGUUUAUGAUGGAGCUCUCGACUGUCGCGCCGCACCAGACACCGCUUUACGAUUUUGUAUAUAGUCGUUUUAUUUGGUUAUUUAUUUCCUAACUGCGAUUUGUCUCAUUCUAAUAAUUAUGUUUUAACUACGAUUUUCAUGAUGGUUUUAUAUAUUAUGAUGUAAUAUUUUGUAGUUUUAGAUAAGUUUUGAUGUAUUGUCGGUGCGGGUGCGACGGGCAUGGAUACACUGGUGAUAUUUUUCGAUGCGACAGUCCGCGCGGCCGGGCAGCGCGCUCCGAGAGACAGGUGUGCUGAGUAACGACGCUCUGCUCGGUCGCACCGUUCGCGGAACGUUUUAGCAAAAUGUCUGGUCAAAGUAUGGUUAUUUGUUAUAAACCGCUAGAUUUACACAAGUACUAUACUACUAUUGUAUUCGCUUUAGGUUAGGCUUAUAUAUUUCUGCGGCGGUUGGAACUGCGCGCUGGUCGUAACUUGUGAUAUUGUUCAUGUGCGUAAACAUUGUGCUAGAGGCGGCGGCCGGGCGGCCGACUGCCGAUAUAAUGUAAGCGCGCAGCUCCGCCGCCCAGAUACAAUAUUAUGUAUAUUUUAA